AUGCCGACGGCGACGGACUUCUCGGCUGUUAUCAUCGCGGGUAAAACGGUUGAUGUCAUUGGGAUGAUAUGUAAUAUUUUGCUCAUCCUUGUGAUCAUUAUUGAUCCUUUGAAAAUAUUACAUCGCGGAGCAUGGAUUACCAUUCUUAACAUUUCCGUUGCUGACUUCAUUGCUUGUGGAUCCAAUUUUGUGACAUUGCUUUUUGCAUAUGAAAAUAUUCAUGCUGUACCGCAGAUAGCAAUUGAUGUGUCGACCUUCUUUUGGAUGCUCGGUGUGGGUGCGUCAUUCAUGUUACUGGCAUCACUGAAUGUGCAAAUAUACAUCAUCAUAAAAUAUCCCAUGAAAAGUCGUUUGAUGUUAACAACAAAGAAAGUCGUAUUGUCUUGCAUCAUUGUUUGGGCUGCCGCCAUCGGCAUGGGUCUGACUGAAAUCGGAUAUAUUUGGAUAAGUGGUAAUGAGGUGUUUUACUUAUAUAUCGCCAAGAUAGCUAGUUUGGAGAUGGCCGUUGUAUGUCAGGUCGUGUUAAAAAUUCUAACAGCCGUCGAGAUCCUGGGCAGCCGAUAUGAUGGCUUGAACGCCGAAACUCAGAAUCAAAAACAAAAAGAAGUGGCAAAAGUUGUUACCAUCCUCAAUGUAAUUCUGAUCGUCACAGCGUUACCGUACUUCCUGGCUAAACAAAUUGAAUACAUUGGACGAUUGGGAGACAGUAGUUACGAUUCAUUGGUCACAAAAUUUCCUUAUUAUUACCAGCCUGUUGCUCUUCUAAAUUUUGUCUUAAAUCCACUCCUCUAUUCGCUACGCAUGCGGGAUUAUCGCCGCAGCUUGAUCGCUCUGUUCACGUUCAAUUGCAAAAAGCGUACGCCUUUCCGCUCGUCCUCACUACGUAGUACCAUCUAUCUUAAAACUAACUUAAGUAACUUGGAAAUUAGGGAAACAAGAUUGUAA